ACAUCACUAUCAUUUUCUUCAUUUUUUUCUCAAAUUCUCCUCUCUUCAAUCUUGAUUUUCAAUCAAGUAGUUGUGAUCAGUGAUUUUGUGGUACAUGCUCUUUCAAAGGUGGCGAAUCGAGAGGGCAGCGGCGACUACGCCAGAUUCCGGCCGACGUCCACCACCGGAGCCACCACUUCUUCCUCCUCCUCCACCACCACCGCCGCCGCAGCAGCAGCUGUAAGUGGUGAUGUUGAGACCAAUCCGUAUUUUUUCACGCAGCACCACCAGCCGGAUUACCUGCUGUCGGCGGUGGUGUCCCCGCCGCCUCCGCAACGGGAUCACCGGGAGAUGGUGACGGCGCUGACCCACGUGGUAUCCGGGCAGCGGCACGGCAGCUCCACCGUUGAUUCGCCUUCCUCCGCUUAUUUGUCCUCCAGCUCCGGCUCGUGGGCCGGGCAGAAGAGGCGGCGCAGCCACGACGACAGCGUCUCGCAGUUUCCCGACACGGCUUAUCCCGGGAUUGGAGCUGUUAAAGCUGAACCAGAGUCCGGAGCUAGCACUGCAACCGUCGCCGCUUCCGAGCCUCCCCAACAGCCAGAGCCCUCGGCCGCGGCGCGGCCGCAAGAAGAAAGGAGGAAAAAAUACAGAGGCGUGCGGCAGCGGCCGUGGGGGAAAUGGGCGGCCGAAAUAAGGGACCCACACAAAGCCGCGCGCGUCUGGCUCGGGACGUUCGAAACCGCCGAGGCUGCCGCCCGAGCCUAUGACGAGGCUGCUCUCCGCUUCCGAGGCAACCGCGCGAAGCUGAAUUUCCCAGAGCACGUGAGGGCGCUGCCGCCGCCGCAGCCUUCGCAAUCCUCGCAAAUUGCUCCGCCGCCGCCGAUGUUCCCGCCCGAUUACUGGCAGUACUCGCAGCUGCUGCAGAGCACCGGCGAUUUGCAGGGGGCGCAGCAAUCGGCUGCGAAUUUGUACGAUCAAAUGAUGUACGGAUCUUCGUUGACGGGAUUGUAUUCGUCGUCGCAUCAAUCGCAGCAAUCGUCGUUCUUCAAUUCCUCAUCUUCGCAAUAUCCGAUGCUGUUUUCCAGCGGCCAAACGAUACAUUUCUCGCCGCAGGGAGAUGAUCCGCAGAAUCGCGACGACGGCGACGGCGACGGCGGUGGCGGAGAUGGUAGUGGCGCGAGUAUGCCGGUGCCGCCGUGGACUUCCGGCCAUUAUCCUUCUUCCUCUACUUCCUGAUUUGUUAUUUUAACUAGUUUUUUGUUUUUGAUUUUUGUUAUACUAAAAUUUAUACACACAGAGGAGGCAAUCAGCAUGUAUUCUUUUGCUGUUUUAUUGUUUUAAAUUAAUUUGUAGGAUUCUAAUAUUUUGUGAGGCAUUGGAUUUAGAUUGAGAAAAUAAAUUAACAAUAAGCGGUGGAUUCGUUUCCCUUUCUUCUCAA